GAUGUUGCGAGACUCUCCCGUCGGGUUGAGCGGCGUCUCGAGCCAGCAGAGAUCUCCGGCUUCGAAAUCAUCGUCGAUCUUGAUGACUUUGACACCCGGAGCGGCGCGAAGGUAGAUCUGAUGUGGAAGGAUCAGGCGGGCCGACACACACACACAUGCACUACCACCGCCCCACCUCGAUGAGUGCAUGGCACCCGUGGUACCCGUCCGUAAUGGCGAUUCUCUUAGGUUUGAAGUGGACGAUAGCCUAGCCGUUCGUUUCUUGCAGCCAGCCCCGAGGCGUAGGUUAGGGCGAACCCAUUCUGCCGGACUAGUGAGCAGGACGGUCCAGGCUGCGCAAUCACCGAGCUGGGACGCAUUUACCGUGAUUUCGCUGAUGAUGUGCUCUGUGCGGGUGGAGCUCUGGGCCGUAUAUCGGGAGUAGACAUGGCGUGAUGGGUUCUAGGAUGCGCAUUGAACUCUGGAGCGGACUGCAUGAUGUAGAAUUUCGAGGUACCCUGUAGUCAGUCCCAACAGGCCGACUAUCAUCCGGUCGUGGGGAGAGGAAGGCUGCAACAGAUGUUUGGCACGUUUCACGAUGUGCAGGGGGGUGCGUACUGGUUGUGACGGCGAUGGAAGGUGCGACAUUGUCGUCUAGACGGAACUUGUCGUCCGUAUGCAGAAGUUUCGUUCCACUGCCUUGGGGCUUGAGGGUCAUCACGGUGAACAGUCAAAUUUGAGAAUCGAGUCACUACCUCAGUAUCGUGUACUAUGUCGCCAUCAGCCCAUCGCUUACAACACAUCGGUCCGAGCCUCGAGGCCAUGAUUACAGUAAAUU